AUUAGCAUCAGCCAUCAUUUUAGUGAAUGAUCUAGAAGACUCAUUACAUGCUUCUAGCUUCUCACGUUAGAGUGGAUUGACAUAGGAGGAGGUGUGUGGCAGAGUCAUGAGGACCGGUCAUUAGAUAAGAGACUUGUCAUAGUGGCACAAUCUUUCAGUAGGAGAUAUGAUCAACAAUCUUGUGGAAACCCUAGGUGGGUCUCGUUGGGCGUGCCAAAAAAGAGAUUCCUUUUCUUCAAUCUCACCUCUGCUUCAAAAAUAUUCAUAUAUCCAGAUGUCUUUUGGGGUCUUUUGUUUUUCCACUAUUUUUCAAAUUCUCAAAUGCUGUAUCUUUCUUGCUUUUUGUCCAAAAAGCUCGUCGAGACAUCGAUCCUUUAUACAAGUGGUGUCUGAUUGUGUUCAUCAAGAGAGCAGGUGUUAUAAAUCCCACAGCAUAAUCUUCUGUCUUCUUUUUGGGUCAAAAGGAGAAACUUUUUUGGAGAUUAUGAAGAGAUAAAACAAUUAGAACAGGAUGAGAGCAACCAUCUUGCAUCCCAUUUUAAGCUGAUCUCAGCUCCCACUUUAACCAAUCUUAUUUGCAUGUAUUGUUUAGACAUAGUUUUUGUCGGCUGAACAUGAUGGAUGAAAGGAAUGAAAAACAGGAAAACAGGGUACUCUGUAGUAGCUUCCCCUGUUUUGCUUUAGACAUUUUACCACCUCAAUCAAAUCAUAAUAGUCGAAAACACAUUGAAAGAUGGAAGAUAUUCAGUGGUUGAAGCAAAGGGAGGAUUUGCAUUUGUGUCAACAUCAUGUAUGAUGAAUGAGAAGCAACAAAUGACGUUGAAUUAUCUAGAAUCAGUCUAUUACAAGCAGUGACUCCGUAAGGUUUUCUUUAUCUAUCCAUGCCAAAGAAACAAAUUGCUCCUACAUCUUCAUCAACAUCAGCUGUCAUUUUAGCGAAUGAUCUAGAAGACUCAUUACAUGCUUCUACCUUCUCAUGGUAGAGUGGAUUGACAUAGGAGGUGUGUGGCAGAAUCAUGAGGAGUGAUAUUAGAUAAGAGACUUGUCAUUGUGGCACAAUCUAGCUGCAGAAAAUAUGAUCAACAAACUUGUGGAAACCCUAGAUGGGUCUCAUUGGGCGUGCCAAAAAAUAGAUUCUUUUUCUUCAAUCUCACCUCUGCUUCAAAAAUAAAGAUUCAUAUAUCCAGAUGUCUUUUAGGGUAUUUUGUUUUUCCACUAUUUCUCAAAUUCGCCAAUGCUUCUCAGAAACAGAAGCAAGAGAGGAGAGGGAAAUUAAGAUGGGAGAACAAAGUGUUCUUGGCGGGUUUUGUGUUUGGCUUAAGAAAGCAAAACCAUUCUUGGCAAUGGUUUCCUUGCAGUUUGGCUAUGCAGGGAUGUACAUAAUCACCUCGGUCUCGUUGAGGAAAGGCAUGAAUCACUUUGUUCUUGCAGUUUACCGCCAUGUUUUUGCAACUCUUGUCAUUGCUCCCUUUGCCUUAUUUCUCGAAAGGAAAACAAGGCCAAAGUUAACUCUACCUAUCUUCCUAAGGAUAAUGGCACUUGCUUUCCUUGAGCCGGUACUAGAUCAGAACUUAUAUUAUGUGGGGAUUAAGUACACAUCUGCAACACUUGCAUCUACUACUGUCAAUAUGCUUCCUGCGGUUACCUUUAUAUUGGCAUUGAUUUUCAGGUUAGAGAAGGUGAAUUUGAAGAAGUUCCGUAGUUUGGCCAAAGUGAUAGGAACCGUAAUAACAGUGAUGGGGGCAAUGAUCAUGACUUUGUACAGUGGUCCAAUCAUACAUUUCAUCAGGUCUGGAGGAGCAAUUCACCAUCAAAGCAGCACUGCAUCGGUAAAUACUCGCCAUUACUUCAUAGGCGUUUUGUGUCUGCUAGGAAGCAUCUGUUGCUGGUCUGGUUUCUUCAUAUUACAAUCAUUCACGCUAGAAAGGUACCCAGCAGAGCUCUCUCUUACUGCUCUAGUAUGCUUGAUGGGAACCGUGGAAGGUGCAAUAGUAUCUCUAAUAUUUGAAAGGGACAUGAGUGCCUGGAAACUUGGUUUUAAUAGCAGGCUUCUUGCUGCUUCUUACACUGGAGUGGUUUGCUCAGGAAUUGCUUAUUAUGUGCAAGGAGUUGUGAUCAGGGAACGAGGGCCAGUUUUUGUUACAACUUUCAGCCCUCUAUGCAUGAUCAUCACUGCUACUCUUGGGGCCAUAAUUUUGUCCGAGUUAGUCCACUUAGGAAGCAUACUUGGAGCAAUUAUAAUAGUGAUUGGACUUUACACGGUGGUGUGGGGCAAAAGCAAAGACUUCAAAAGCAUAGAAGAGUUGACUCUAACAGGGGAGAAAGGUAAUGUCCAAGAAUUACCCAUCACCAACAGUGAUCAUGGAGGCACCAUAGAUGGACCUACCAGAGUUUGAAUAUUCCAACUGCAAAUAACAUCAAAGAUUAUGUCAUGUCCAAAUAGAAUGUUGUUUGCUCUCUGCAAACUUGUUUUAUGUACAUCAUGCGUCUACUAGUCCACCCUACUACAUUUUUAAUGUUGUACCUUUGAUAUCAAAGUGUCUUAAUGAAAUCAUGUUUUCCUA